AUGUUCAGCUUUGAAAAGAACUCUGUCUCCAACUGUGAACUCCCACAUUGUUUAAAGUCCUCCUUCUGGUACUGCUGGUUUGUGAGGAAUCUGGUUUGGAAGGAUCACCAGACGGACCAGACAGACCAGACAGACCAGACGGACCAGACGGACCAGACAGACCAGACAGACCAGACGGACCAGACGGACCAGACAGACCAGACAGACCAGACGGACCAGACGGACCAGACAGACCAGACGGACCAGACGGACCAGACGGACCAGACGGACCAGACGGACCAGACAGACCAGACGGACCAGACGGACCAGACGGACCAGACGGACCAGACGGACCAGACGGACCAGACGGACCAGACGGACCAGACGGACCAGACGGACCAGACGGACCAGACGGACCAGACGGACCAGACGGACCAGACGGACCAGACGGACCAGACGGACCAGACGGACCAGACGGACCAGACGGACCAGACGGACCAGACGGACCAGACGGACCAGACGGACCAGACGGACCAGACGGACCAGACGGACCAGACGGACCAGACGGACCAGACAGACCAGACAGACCAGACAGACCAGACAGACCAGGAUCACCAGACAGACCAGGAUCACCAGACAGACCAGACAGACCAGGAUCACCAGACAGACCAGGAUCACCAGACAGACCAGACAGACCAGGAUCACCAGACAGACCAGACAGACCAGGAUCACCAGACAGACCAGGACCAUAAGCAGUGUUGUGCGUGA